AAAAGAAACAUUCCCGAAUCUGGGUUUUAAUGGGGUUUCAGCUUAGAAUAAUUAGUGGAGAGCAGAGAUCCUACCCUGCUUCCUUCAUUUCCUUUCUUUCUUGCUUAGUUUCGGUAACUUUUCGGCUAUUUUUUAUAGUCAAAUAGUACCGAUAAACGCGUUUUUCAAAUGUCAACUCUUAUUGGUCCAGAAAAGCUUGCAGAGACGCGAGAACGCCAUUUUGAUAUCUCUUCCUCGUCCUCUCUCUUUCCGAAACUCGAAAAUUGGAAUUGUUUUCUUUCUGGGUUUUUUAAUUUUUUCAAGGGUUUGUUCCCAAUUGAGAGAGCUUUGUUUGCUCUAUCCUAUUCAAUCUGCAGUUGAAUGAACCUCAGGAAUUUUCCUUUGUCUUCUUGAAAAUCGAAAUGGGUGAGCGUUGGAGAUUCAAUAGGUUCAGGUUUCGCAUGGUGGUGUUGCUGGUGAUGUGUUUGUUGAAUAAUAUUUGGCGGUUGGGUUUGUCUCUUAACGCCGAGGGGUUGGCGCUGUUGAGAUUUCGGGAGGGAGUGAUGACAGAUCCUUUUGGUGCUCUGUUGAAUUGGAACGAUGAUGAUGGACUCAAUGAUCCCUGUUCCUGGUUCGGAGUUGAGUGCUCCGACGGAAAAGUUGUGAUUUUGAACUUGAAAGAUCUUUGUCUUGAAGGAACAUUAGCCCCUGAACUUGGGAAUCUAAUUCACAUAAAGUCUAUCAUCUUACGCAAUAAUUCAUUUUAUGGUGUCAUUCCUAAAGAGAUUGAAGAACUUAAGGAGCUCGAGGAGUUAGAUUUGGGAUUUAAUAACUUCAGUGGACCACUUCCAUUUGACAUUGGAGAUAGCCUAUCCCUGACAAUCCUUUUGCUCGACAACAAUGAUUUUCUGGAAGACAUUUCUCCUGAAAUUCAUGAGCUUAAUAUGCUUUCUGAACUUCAGGUAGAUGAAACCCAGCUUAUUGAUGCUGUUCACGGAACAUCCUGCCAAAGAAGAGUCCUUGCACGGAACAUUGCCAAAUCUGGAAACGUGGUUAAAAGGAGACUGCUACAGGAGGAUUCUUCUAGCAUCUCCAAUGUCCACAAAAAUGAAAACAAACGACGAAGUUUAUCUUCACCGAAGUCGCCUUCACGAGCCCCAUCACAUUCUCCCUCUUUACCGAAGUCGCCUUCACGAGCCCCAUCACAUUCUUCUUCUUCACCAAAAGUUCAUGCACGAGCCCCAUCACAUUUUCAAUCACAUUCUCGAUCAAAUUCCUCUUCUUCACCAAAACCUCAUGCACCAGCACCAGAUUUAUCUUCCCCUACUCCAGGAGAUCCACACACACCAUCCAUUUCUACUCCAGUUCCUUCCCCUUCAGCAAGCCCUUCCCAAUAUCCUAAAGCAAGCAUUGCUCAUCCUCCUACAACUUCCGUCCAAGGCCAUGCUCAUCACACUAGUGGAAUUUUGGCUGCAAGCAUAGGGGCUCCAAUCUUCAUUUUAAUUGUUGCUGUUGGUGUUCUUCUCUGUCGAAACACUAAGGUGGUUAGUGUCAAACCUUGGGCCACAGGGUUGAGUGGGCAGCUACAGAAAGCAUUUGUAACAGGUGUACCAAGCCUAAGGCGAUCAGAGCUAGAAACUGCUUGUGAAGAUUUCAGUAAUAUAAUUGAUUCUUCAUCAAAUGGCACAAUUUACAAGGGGACACUUUCUAGUGGAGUAGAAAUAGCUGUGGUAUCUACUGUAGUGACAUAUACGAAGGAUUGGUCAAAGAAUUUUGAAGCCCAGUUCAGGAAGAAGAUAGACACAUUAUCAAAGGUGAACCACAAGAAUUUUGUGAACCUUCUUGGGUAUUGCGAGGAAGAAGAACCUUUCACAAGGAUGAUGGUUUUUGAGUAUGCGCCAAAUGGAACACUCUUUGAGCAUCUACACAUAAAAGAAGCAGAGCACUUGGACUGGGGAGCACGGUUGAGGAUCGGAAUGGGAAUGGCAUACUGCUUGGAUUACAUGCACCAUCUCAACCCACCUGUAGCUCAUAAAGAUCUGAACUCAUCAGUCAUCUACUUGACUGAAGACUAUGCAGCCCAGAUUUCAGAUUUUGAAUUUUGGCAUGAAGUAGGAGUAUCCAAGGAAUCGGAUGCCACAGAGUUCCAGGAUAUGCCAUCUCCCGAUGUUGAGAGUAAUGUUUAUAGUUUUGGUGUAAUUCUGUUGGAGAUGAUAACAGGUAGGCUCCCAUACUCGGUGGAAAAUGGCACGCUUGUGGGGUGGGCAUCUAUCUAUUUAAGAGGAGAGCAGCCUUGCACAGACAUGGUAGAUCCAAUGCUGAAAUCUUUCCAAGAGGAUGAGCUUGAGAAACUUUGUGCAGUAAUAGCAUCUUGUAUACAUCCUGACCCAAAGCAGAGACCUACAAUGAGAGAGGUUGCUACCCAAUUAAGGGCGAUAACAGCACUGGGACCUGAUGGAGCAAUACCAAAACUAACUCCUCUUUGGUGGGCAGAGCUUGAGAUUCUGUCCACAGAAGCAUGCUAAUGGGUGGGGUUGAAGUUGUAAUUUUUGCUACAAAAAAUCAGCCCACCCCUUCCUUUUUUUAUUAUUUUUUUUAAUUUUUUCUUGGCACACAUGGCAUCAGUGUGCAGGUAGGUACUGCUUGUUUCUAGUGUCAGGUAAUGUCCUGGUUUUUGUAUAUAACACACAUAAAGAGAGUAUAUGUAUUUUUUUGGCUUUUUUUAGCUGUGUAAGAGUCAAAUUUGAAAUUCUGCAAACACCAAAAUUUAAUUCUCAUAUCAAAUAAUAUAAGUUCCAUAUUUUGGUUC